UGAAAGAUAUAAAAUCCCAUGAAUCGCUUUAUCUUGUUUGCAUAACACAGCUGGAAAGAAGGAUGGCGGAUGCUGGAAAUAAAGAGUCAGCGCCGAUUGGAGGAGAUGAAUUUACCAACACAGAGUUGGAGAAUAACAAGAAUAACACGAUGGUGGAGGAAGGAUCCACUCUGCUGCGGAGAAUGGAGAUCAGUGUGGCCGAGGCAGAGAAAAGAACUGGGAAAAAUACAGUGAACAUGCAAGAGAUAUUCACAGUGUACCUCAUAGAAACUCGACCCAUAGAUGCAAUAACAGAAGGCCAUAACCCCGCAGCCCCAGACUCUCUCUGGAGGAGAUACAGUGAAUUUGAGAUUCUCCGGAACUAUUUGUUAGUCACCUAUCCAUUUAUCGUGGUGCCGCCUUUGCCAGAGAAGAGGGCAGAGUUUGUUUGGCACAAGCUGUCUGCAGACAACAUGGACCCAGACUUUGUAGAGAGGCGCAGGGUUGGUCUGGAGAACUUUCUACUUCGAAUGGCCUCCCAUUCGGUUCUGUCCAAUGACAAAAUCCUAUACCACUUCCUGACUGAGGAACACAGGUGGAAGGAGGUGGUGUAUGAGACAGGGUUCCAAGCCAAGGCAGAGUCCAGGAUUAAAGCUCUGAGCGCAACUUUCAGGGUGAAGAACCCUGACAAGCGGUUCACAGAGAUGAAACACUACAGCGAUGAGCUUCAGUCUCUCACCUCCCAGCUGCUCCGAGUCAGAGCAAGAGUAGCAGACAGGCUCUACGGCGUAUACAAAGUCCAUGGGAACUACGGAAGAGUAUUCAGUGAGUGGAGUGCCUUAGAGAAGGAGAUGGGAGAUGGUCUACAGAGUGCUGGACACCAUAUGGAUGCCUAUGCUGCCUCAGUAGAUGAUAUGUUGGAGGAAGAGGAGCACUACGCAGACCAACUGAAGGAAUAUCUUUUCUAUGCUGAAGCCUUAAGGGCUGUGUGUAGGAAACAUGAGCUGACCCAGUAUGAGCUGGAGACGGCCUCCUCAGACCUCAUCUCCAAGAAGCAGCAACGGGAGGAGCUGGCCACUGGGAUGGUACGGACGUUCUCCUUCAAAGGAAUGACCAACAAGCUGUUUGGUCAGGAGACACCAGAGCAGAGGGAGGCUAAACUCAGCCUACUAGAGGAGCAGAUCGUCCAGGGAGAGGAGACUGUCACAGAGAAAACAGUGGAGUGCGAGGAGUACGUGAAGGGUGCGUGGGUGGACAUGCAGCGCUUCAAGGAGCAGAAAGACAGGGAUCUGAGGGAGGCUCUGAUUGGCUACGCCAUCAUGCAGAUCAGCAUGUGUAAGAAGGGCAUUCAAGUGUGGACCAAUGCUAAGGAAUGUUUCCACAAGAUGUAAGGGGUCUGGCCGUGGGUCAGCGACAGCG